AUGGACUGGCUGCGACGAUAUGCGACGGGCUAUCACAAGUGGCGACAGGCUCAACACAAUGGUGCCUCCGUCUUCUACCGCCCACUCGGCGUGGUGGAGAAAGGCUUCGACAACGAUGGUGUCUACCAUGAGGGAAGAGCUGACAUCAACUUGGCCAUGUCCUUUGAGGUCAAGACGACAAAAUCAAAGGCGCAGCUGAGGCGGCACAUCCUCCUGGCAUGGACCAACCUGCGUCUCAGGCACACGCUGCUGUGCGCCGCCGCCACAGGACCAGCAGACUACAUGGAUCACGACGCUGUGCAGAAAAGUGAUCGAUUCUUCGUCAUAGCGAGUCCAAACGGCUAUGAGCAUGCGAUUGACUCGGCGCAAGGCCCGGUCGUCUUUCUGGACGACCACUACUCGUCAGUAGAUGCUGGACAGCUAUACUUCCAUGCGCAGAACGUGGCCAGGACCUUCGACGCAGCAAAGUCACUUGUCAAGGUCAUGGUGCUGCCUUUGGAGAAAGGCGGAACCUCGACUUAUUCGCUACGCUUCUUGUUUGUCAUGGCCCACCAAAUCUCGGACGGCCUCACCAACGACAACUGGACCGGAGACUUCAAGCAGCUCCUCAACAGGAAGACUGAUGAGCUCCAGUCCGCAGCCCCGCCCCUCAUUUCGACGUUGCACGAGCGGCUUCCACCCUCACAGGAAGACCUCUACCCACCUAUAUCCGGCUCUCGCGCACGGCAGCGAUGGUUCUGGGCGAUCACUCUUGUGCUUCGCCAUGUGCAGAAGCCGCUGCCACCGGCGUUCCCAAACCCGCUCCGCUACCCAAACGCGCCGAUCAAGGCUGCCGCGCCAGAAUUGAGGAUAUUCGACAGAGUUAUUGACUACAGCAAGGUGCCCCCGUUGAACGCUGGGAGGGUGGCGGCUCACAUCGGCAGGGACGGAACCCGCCGGCUGCACAGGGUCUGCCGAGAGGUCGGGUGCAGCAUCGGAGCCGGCAGCUUCGUCCUCGCGGGGAUCGUGAUGAUGGAGAUCUACGAGAAGCGCUUCCCCGACGUCCCUCUGCACGAGCGCCGUGCUUUCAUUGGGUCUUUCCCCAUCAACCCGCGCCCGUUCUUCAACCACACCGCGAAGCCCGACAGUCUGAUGCUCGCAUUCUCCGACGGCGUCGUGCUGCCCUUCCUCUCAUCUGACCUCGACCUUGACGGGCGGAUCAGGCUGUUGGUGCGCUCUGCGCAGAGACAACUUUCGAGGUAUCAGAAACGGCCCCGGAAUGGCAAGACCGUGAACAUGCUGGAAUUCAUGGGGCCCAGGGGCGCUGGCAGAGUCGUCGCCAUGAACUACCUGGACGUGAUCGAGCGCGCAAACACCAAACUCCCAGACCACCUUCGCAAGGAGUUUCAGUAUCAGAAGACCCUUCCCAAGCAGGUUAACCCAACCAUGGCAACCUGCGGUGUUAGUUCGGUGGGCAGGUCAGACCCUGGGACAACACCCGGGCAGAUCGACCUGAGCAAGUCCUUGGCCGACGAGGAGGACGCUCUGAUAGCCGACAUCAGGAGCACGACACAGAAUGUGCGGCCCAGGGACGGCGAAUUCCUGGUUGGAAUCUGGGGCAGUGAUGACUCCGUCGACGCAAGCGUCAGCUACGACUCUUGUGCUAUCGACCCGGCGUGGGCUCAGGUGUGGAAGGAUAAGAUGGAGACGAUAUUAGAUGGUCAGAAUGGCCAAGCAAAAUUGUAG